AUGUCGAUUUCAACGAUUCGCCGUCAAGUCAAAAAUGUGGCGUACAACUUUUCGGGCGCGUAGGUCAAAGUUCGUGAGGCGACAAGCAACGAUCCGUGGGGACCGUUUUUUAUUGAUUAUUGAUUUUGAAACGGGAUCUGUGAAAAGUGUGAGAGAGCUGACUCAUGUUGUUGAAAUCGACACAUCGAGAAGCAUACAUUUGCAAAAGAUAGUACAAACAAAUUUUACGUUGCAGGUCGCUCAGUAAUGCCGCGAAAACGUGUUCAUCAUCGAAACUCUGAAAGACUUCCAACACGUGGAGGAUAACCGAGACCAGGGCCUGAAUAUUCGCGAGAAGGCGAAGCAAAUCACUUCGCUGCUAUCCGAUGACGAACGUCUGAAGAACGAACGCACGCGCUUCAUCCUGACAAGAAACAAAUUCAAACAGAACAACCCGGUCGCUGUUGGAGCUGAAAGUCGACGCAGUCGUCAGCACCACGGGGACGCAUCCCUGGGUAGUUGAUCAGUUCGGCAUCUCGGUCAAAAACAAUGAAACCCUUACAGAUGCGGAAUACGAAGACCCGCGACCGAGGCCGCACAGUCCUCCUCAACUCGGAUCCAUUUGAGGCCUGGGACACCCCUGCUCAGACGAGCGCUAUUGCCCCGAAUGGAACUUCCAUGUCCCUUCUUGGCGGAGACGUGAGCAAAUAAGUUUAGCCUUGCUAUAUGAGUGUUCUUUUCCAGUUGCUGGCACCUGACAACUCUUUGUCUACUGACUUGGGCUUGUUGAACGGAACCAGAAAGACUCCGGAAAAUUUUUUGGGCGAGAACUCUAAUUUUGUGAACUUGGAUAAUUUGCUGGGAGGAUCAACUACUAGCCAGACAGGUAUAAUAAUAAUAAUAAUAAAUACCUCUUCAAGUGUUCAUAAAUUUCACGUUUAGGUGGCAAUCCAUUCCUGACUGGAGCCACUCCGGCCCUCAAUCCGUUUGCUGCUCAACAGAGAAAGUCGCCGACCUUGAACGAGAUGAGGGCAGCUCAGGGCCAAGCUCCUCCGAUUUCAAAGAUGGCGCCGCGCGGAACUCUUCCACAAACAAACCCAUUUGCCAAUCCCUUCUAA